CCACUUACAGGAAGGUCCAGGUGGGGUAUCCAUGCAAGGACAGGAUAAUGAAGUGGUCUCCCUCCCAGGCAGGGGCCAAGCCAUCUGGAAACAAGCAGACACUCUCUGGUGGUGAAGCUCAGCCCCAUCCUCAGCAGCAGGAGGUCAGAAGCCAGGUCUCAGGGAAGCCAUGGACAGAUGGAGGGCAGGGGUGUGAAGGGAAGCCUGGCCCUCCUCCCUGCCCAAAGUGCAACCUCCCUGCCCCUGAGUCACUCAUCUUCCCAGGGUCCUUUGAGAGCACAACUCUUGGUGGUGCAGACAUUGCAGGGCAUUGUGUGUCUUUCUUCAUCUGUAGGUGACAUUGAGUUGAUAUUCAUCAGAUCCCAACAACAACAACCUUCCACUUCCAUGAUGGAUGUGGAUUUGGCCAUGAUAGAAGGGCAGGAGGGACGUGGCCAGUGCCAAGUGGGCACACAUCCCUGGCCAUGGGGGAUAUAAAGGGCACCCUGUGAGGAUGCGGAACAGAUAUUCCCCAGGUGACCUGCCUUGUGUGAGAGCCCAGUGACUGAAGAUGAAGAACCUCCUGAUCCUCUUGCUUCUGGGGCUGGUGGCUGUCCUGAAGGCCCAGGAAGUCCCAUUGGAUUACCAGGAGGAGCUUUCUGGGACCUGGCACAUAAAGGCCUUGGUAUGUGACAAGGACCACACGGAGAGGGAGGGCCCCAAGAAAGUGUUCCCUAUGACGGUAACAGCCCUGGAAGGUGGGGACUUGGAGGUCGAGAUGACGUUCUGGAAGAAGGGUCAGUGUCACAAGAAGAAAAUUGUGAUGCACAAAACUGAGGAGCCCGGCAAAUACACUGCCUUCAAGGGCAAGAAGGUCAUCUAUAUUCAGGAGCUUUCUGUGAAGGACCACUACAUCUUCUACUGUGAAGGACAGCAUCACGGGAAGUCACGUCGCAUGGGGAAACUCGUGGGGAGAAACCCUGAGGAAAACCCAGAGGCCAUGGAAGAAUUUAAGAAAUUUGCACAGGGCAAGGGAUUACGACAGGAAAACAUCUUGGUGCCUGAGCAGAGGGAUCAGUGCACCCCUGAGAGUGACUAGGCAGCCGAUCAUGGAUGCACUUGCUGGUCCUGCCCCAAGACCAACAUCCUUGGACUUCCCUCCCCUGGACCACUUUCUCCACCAUCACUGCUGAACUUCCCUCCUCCCUCAGCUCCACCCA